GAACUGGGGGGAGAAGUGGAGACAGAGGAGGGCAGAUCGGAUUGAAAACAAAUCACGCCAACAGAUCUCCCACCGCACAUCACAACUGACGACUCCACAAACUUGCUUGGGGUGAAUUUCUGCAGUGUUGACGGCUAAAUUACUUUUUAAUGUGAGUAACUACAGUCUUUUGAAGUAUCGUGUGUGAUGGAUCGUCAAAGUUUGCGAGAUGCAACUGUAGCGCUUCGUCGUCCGCGAGUGAUGUAGUUUUUCAUGAACGCCUUUGCUUUUGUGAUUCCGAAUAAAUCGCUGAUGGAGUUUCGUGACAGAGUCCAAGCCACUUUCUGCAGUUUUGUUUUGAGCAUAAUUUCGUUGUUUUUCGGAUGCACGCUGGACAACUGAGCAACUGACGAACUUUACAUCAUCCAAGAAGUCACAUCAUGGAGACCACGAGUCCCACCUCCACAGACAAGAAGGAAUUGAAGCCGUCAGUCCUGGAUGGCAGUAGCUUCACAGACCUUCCCAAAAAGCCCUCACCCACCACAGCAUCCAGAGCUCCUCAUCUGUUCUCCACCUUUCACACUCCAAUCCCGAUUGACAUGCGGCAUCAUGAAGGAAGGUACCACUACGAGCCGCACCCUCUGCACCCCAUGCAUGGACCUCAUGGAUUAGCUGGCAGUCCAGUUAUCUCUGAUAUCUCUCUGAUCCGACUGUCGCCUCACGCCGCAGCCACUGGAGAAUCCCCCUUCAACCCUCCACACCCGUAUGUCAAUCCACACAUGGAGCAUUACCUGCGCUCCGUCCACAGCAGCCCCACGCUCUCCAUGAUCUCUGCGGCCCGAGGACUGAGCCCUGCAGAAUUGACCCAUGAGCACCUGAAGGAGCGCAGUUUGUUUGGCCUCCCUCCUCCGCCUCCUGGAGCAAACCCUUCAGAGUACUAUCACCUCAUCGCCAGCCACCGCAGCCCUUACGGAGACCUGCUCAUGCAGACGGGUGCUGCGGCCGCUCAUCUUCCUGACUACAUGAGCCCAGUGGACAUGUCUCGUUUCCCGAGUCCCAGACUGACGCCGAGGGUGAGCAGGAAGCGAGCGUUGUCCAUCUCUCCAGUCUCGGAUGCCAGCAUCGACUUGCAGACCAUGAUCCGCACCUCACCCAACUCUCUGGUGGCCUACAUCAAUAACUCACGCUCCAGCUCGGCGGCCAGCAGCUCUUACGGCCACCUCUCUGUCGGGGCCAUCAGUCCAUCCUUCACGUUCCCACACCCCAUCACACCGGUUGCGUACCACCAGCUGUUGUCACAGCAGAGAAGUCUGAAUGCGUUUGGACACACUCCUCCUCUGCUGCAGCCUUCACCUGCCCUCAGCAGCAGACAGCAGACACUCGUGGCUGCAGCUGCUCUCAACAACACCACCAGCAGCAGCACCACCAGCAGCACUGCAGACACCAGCACCGAGUCCAGCCAGAAUGCUGGGGGAGACCCAGCCGUGAGCAGCACCGUCAAUCCCAUGAUUUUUAAGCGGUCCAAGGUGAAGACUGAAGCAGAAGGGCCUCAUCCCAUCUCUCCUGGAUCUCAGGAUCACUUGGAGUUACGAGAGGAGCUUGAUAAAGAUGAAUGCAAGCAGGAGCCCGAGGCCGUGUAUGAAACCAACUGCCACUGGGAAGGAUGUGCCAAAGAGUACGACACGCAGGACCAGCUCGUUCAUCACAUCAAUAAUGAUCACAUCCAUGGUGAGAAGAAGGAGUUUGUGUGUCGAUGGGAGGAGUGCUCUCGAGAACAGAAACCUUUCAAGGCCCAGUACAUGCUUGUGGUCCACAUGCGCCGACACACUGGGGAGAAGCCCCAUAAGUGCACAUUUGAAGGUUGCUCGAAGGCUUAUUCUCGACUGGAAAAUCUCAAAACUCACUUGAGGUCCCACACAGGGGAGAAACCUUACGUAUGCGAGCACGAGGGCUGCAACAAGGCUUUUUCCAACGCUUCAGACCGGGCCAAGCACCAGAACCGCACGCACUCCAAUGAGAAACCAUAUGUGUGUAAGAUCCCAGGUUGCACAAAACGCUAUACAGACCCCAGUUCACUCAGGAAGCAUGUGAAGACUGUUCACGGUCCAGAAGCACAUGUCACUAAGAAGCAGCGCGGCGAUGCACCGCCGAAACCUCACCCCUCUAAAGGGAAUGGAGAAAAUGAGGCCCACACAAAGCAUGCGAGAGGAAGAACAGAUGGGUCAGGAGAGGCCAACAGCACCACCAGAGGCGUGGAGGACUGCCAACAUGUCAAGACGAUCAAGACUGAAAACACAGUGAUGUAUCAGUCCAGCCCUGGUGGUCAGUCGUCAUGUAGCAGUGAGCCAUCGCCACUUGGCAGUGCCACCAACAAUGACAGUGGAGUAGAGAUGGCCAUGCACAGUGGAGGCAGUUUGGGGGACCUGAGUGCUUUAGAUGACACACCUGUAGUCGAUUCUACCGGUUCCCCUGGUACUUCUGCUGGAGUUGGUCUCCAGCUGCGUAAAAACAGGGGAGGACUACUACAACUUGAGCACAUCAAGAAGGAAAAACUAAAAACUGUACGAGACUCCUGCUCCUGGGCAAAUGCACCACCUCAAGUCCGAAAUACCAAGCUGCCUCCAAUACCCUCAAUUGACUCACUGCUGGAUGCUCCAAAUAUGGGGACUCAGAUGCCUAUACCUCCAACCCAGCAUUUAGGAGACUUGUCUUCAUAUGAGAUGACAAUGCUUAGUCAGCUGCAUGAGCGCAGAGAUAGCUCCACCAGCACAAUGAGCUCAGCAUAUAUAAGCCGUCGGUCUUCUGGUAUUUCACCUUGCUACUCCAGUCGUCGCUCUAGUGAGGCUUCGCAAUUUGGAGUCCGCAACAACAAUGUCAGCUCAGCAGACUCCUAUGACCCGAUCUCCACAGAUCUGUCACGUCGUUCCAGUGAAGCAAGCCAAUGUGGUGGUGCAGGUGGGCUCCCAAGUUUACUAAAUCUCACACCAGCUCAACACUACCGUCUCAAGGCGAAAUAUGCUGCAGCCACUGGGGGUGCACCACCGACACCUCUGCCCAACAUGGAUCGCAUGAGCCUUAGAACUAGAAUGGCCAUGUACAAUGACUCGCAGGACAGUUCAGCACAUUUGCACCAUGCCCAAGGUGUAGUCAACUCAAGACGCUGCAGCGACACUGGCUACGGUGCCCCUGGCAUGAUGCCUCAUGAAGUUCCGGCCAAUCUCCCGAGACGAGCAAGCGAUCCUGUUCGUCGUACAACUCUUGACCCACUUUCCUUGCCAAGAGUUCAGCGGUUCAACAGCAUCAGCAACAUGAACCUAUCACGUUUGCCUGCAUACGAUCGACGUGCUUUCAACAUGCAGAGCAGCACUUGGUCUGAUGGAAGCUUGCACCGUCAUCCCUUCAGCCAAAGGCCACCUAGCAUAUCAGAGAACAUUUUAAUGGAAAAUAUGGCCACUGAUGGAGGAGAUCAACAAGAGGAUGAUUUGGUGCUUCCUGAUGACAUGGUACAGUACCUCAGAUCCCAGAACAGUAGCUCAAAUCACGACUCCGGGAUUUCAGUCAAUGGCGGUCAUGCUCUAGACUUCCAUGGUAAUAUGACCUCCCAACAACAGCAGUUCUAUGGGCAACGCAGGAUGGGCAUGGCAGGCAUCAAUGGAAAUCACGUAGAGCCUGUUCCAGAGCAAAUGGCUGAUCCACAGGGUGUGAACAAAAACAACAUGCCUGUGCAGUGGAACGAGGUCAGUUCUGGUUCUGCGGAUGCAGUCUCAAGGGUUCCAAAGCAGCAGCAACAACAACUUAGAGGGAACUUGACAGUUGUUCAGCAGAAGCAGAACUUUGGCUCUUACCAAGGAUUUGGAUCAAACCAGCAGAUUGUACCAAUGAGCCAGAAUCUGGCUAGUCUGCAGCAGGCUUAUCCACAGAGAAACUUCCAGAGAAUGAACACUGUUCAGCAGUAUCGCCAGUCCAUUUCCAAUCCAUGUCAGAAUAUCGGUGAGCAAGUAAACCGACAGGAUCUCAGUUACAAUUCCAAUCAACGCCUAACAUGCAAUAGCAUGGGCCCGCCCAAUGGGAGAGUGGUGCAAAACCAGGAGCUCCAGAAUUAUAGAUCAAACUUGAUGCAUAUGAAUAACAUCAACCAGCAAAAUUACGUUCCUCUUACUCAGACAGCUGUUCAGAAUGCAGGCAGAGGACUGAUACAGCCCAGACCUCCGUCCGAGCCCAAACCAUUGAAUAGGCAACACUCAGGUUCAGGUAUGGUUCAGCCAAACGGUUGCUCCCUGUCCAAUGUCAACUCCUCAGAAGCUAGCCCAAAGAGACCAGGUGAAGUCGGUCAACACAGCAAUGGGAAUAGCAAUAUGUACUAUUCAGGAGAGAUUCAUAUGUUGGACAACAGCGUUGAUUAUGGUUCUCCCAUGUCUCCGUGCACAAACCAAGCCCCUGUUGCUUCUGUGUCUACAAUGGCAUCUCCUGGUGUUAACCAGGUCACCAGCACAGUGGACUCCACUCAGUCCCUUGACCACACUCAAAUAGACUUUGAUGCCAUGUUGGAUGAUGGAGACCAUUCGAGUCUAAUGUCUGGCACUUUAAGUCCAGGCCUUCUGCAGAGCAUUUCACAGAAUUCCUCACGGCUCACCACCCCGCGUAACUCCGUCACCCUGGCCUCAAUACCGGCAGGUAUCGGCAACAUGGCUAUUGGUGACAUGAGCUCAAUGUUAACGGCCCUUGCGGAAGAAAGCAAAUUCUUAAACAUGAUGGCUUGAUAAUUGAAGGCAUUACUCUAAAUUCAGGGGUGGCUUUUUUUGUUCUUUAAAUGAAAACAUUGAACACUAAAAUGACUGUGUAAAACUGUUUCAAGAACACUAACUUGUGCUCUUAAUGGGAGAAAAACACGUAUGCAUAUUUUUCAUGAGCAAAGGCACUGAAAUACGGUUUCUUACUAGAGUUGAAUUUGCAGCAUUCAGGUGAACACUGUCAAUGAUGUUAUCAGACGUUUGCUGUUGUAUUCAACAAGACUGGCAAAAAACCUCAAUGUCUGACAUGUUUCACUAAGCCAUAUGUUCGAUACAAGUUUGUUAAUGGGUAUCCGUGUACAUCAGGGUAAUGGUUAUUAGACCUGUUCUGAUUUCCCUUUCUCAACAGUGCACUGAAAUUCACCAAGUGCCUCAAGUAAAAGAACAUAAGUAUGUUUUUAAACUCAUAUAAUGCUAUGUAAUCUGCUAUGUAGCUAUACUAAUAGAGAUACCGAUCUUUUUCAUUUUUCUCAGCGUUUUUGUUUAUAGUUAUUCCAUAUCCUUCAUGCUUUAAAUUAUGUGUAAUGCAUAUUAACUGUACCAGCUUGUUCAUAUUGUGCACAAUCCUGUUCCCCCUUGUGACUUUGAAGGGGUACUUAGAGAAACUGAUGGGGGGAAAAAAUCUGCACAAUUGACAAUUGUAUUGACAGAUCUCCUCGAAGCAGCUCCAGAAGUUACAGAUCUCUGUAUUUUGUCUCAUCUGGCUGUGUGAUACUGAAGGACAGCAUCUCUGGGCUUAAGCCCAUGGAGGCCUGUCGAAUCUUGCGUCCCUUUGAGAUGUCUUUAAAGGAAUAUGCAAGUACUCUGCGUGCUCUUCUUGGAGAUCACAUCCCAAUUAACAGGUUCAUCAGCGGCUUGAGCUUGUGAUAAACCACAGGCGCAUACUAAAAGGACUUCUGCCUUUGAUUUAGUACUGCUGCAAGAAAUUUCCACCAAGGACAGAGCGAUUCUGAAGAUCUGAACUAUUCAAGUUGGUUGGUGUUUUGUGAUGCCAUUUGCAGAGGUCGAUGUAUGUAUAGCUUUUGUACAUUUUCAAUACAGCAUCUUCAUUUUUCUGUUUUAA